AUGGUUGUUGGGCUUAGUAGAGACUACUGUUGUUUCAAAAUGUCCAGGGGAUUUGGUUUUAUUACAUACAAAGAGGCACAAAGCAUAGAAGAUGCCCAGGCUCACAGACCACACAAUGUUGAUGGCAGAGAAGUGGAAUCCAAGCGAGCCAUGCCAAGAAAGUCUGACGGCACGACAGAGUCAUCCAAGGCGACCAAGAAGCUGUUUGUGGGUGGAGUGAAGGACGGAGACACAGAGGAUGACUACAUGAACCUGUUCAGUCAGGAGGGUGAGGUGGAGAAGGUCAACAUGGUCACAGACAAGGACACGGGCAAACAGAAACCCUUCUGCUUUAUCACCUUUGUGGACACUGAUGCCACAGACAAAUGCGUCUUGAAAUACGAGUUUGAGGUGAAUGACCACUUGGUACAGGUAAAGAAAGCCGAAGAAAAGAACCAGCAGGCUGGUGGUUGA